AUGGAGAUAAAGCUGAAGCUGCUCAAGGAGGGCACAACGCCGAGCGUGGACGCCACUGAGUAUCGCAGCAUCGUCGGCAGCCUCAGGUAUCUUUGCAACUCACGGCCUGAUCUGGCGUUCGCCGUCGGGUACCUGAGUCGCUUCAUGGAGGUGCCGCGUCAAGAGCACAUGGCGGCGGUCAAGCGGGUCCUCCGCUAUGUGGCUGGCACGAUGCAUAUGGGAGUGCACUACUACUAUGGAGGGAAGAAGGAGAUCGCACCUCGGCUGUUGGGCUACUCCGACAGCGACCUCGCUGGAGAUGUCAACGAUCGGAAGAGCACCAGCGGCCUCGUCUUCUUCCUCGCCAACGGUCCGAUUGCCUGGCAAUCGGCCAAACAGAAGGUGGUCGCGUUGUCCUCCUGCGAGGCGGAGUACAUCGCGGCCGCGGGAGCUGCGUGUCAGGGCAUCUGGCUAGCUCGCCUGCUAGCGGAACUGAUCGGAGGAGAAGCCCUGGCGCCCAAGCUCAUGGUGGAUAACAAAUCCGCCCUCGCGCUGAUGAAGAAUCAUGUGCAUCACGACCGGAGCAAGCACAUUGAUGUAAAGUUUCAUUUCAUCCGGGAGUGCUGUGACAGGAAGCUGAUCGACGUCGAGUUCGUUGGCACAGAGUUGCAGCUGGGCGACGUCCUCACCAAGGCGCUCGGCCGCGUCCGCUUCCAGGAGCUCCGUCACAAGAUCGGCAUGAAGAAUCUAGUGUGA